CAUUUUUGGAUUUAAAACACCCCAAGAAAAUGCUGCCCUAGAGAUUGGGGAAGAAGGGACGAAGGGACAGUUCCACACAACGCUGCCUCUGCAAAGUUCAUGAAACUGUUUAACUGGGGAGCAAAUGCCAGCAUGACUAGGGUCUAAGGAAGGACUUCUGUGUUCCUACCAACUGUUUGCAGCUGCAGAGGAGGGGUGCAAGGACAGCAAGGACAUAUUGAGCUACCAUGGAUAUCCCCACUGAUUUAGUGCCAUCCUCCAUGAUGUCCCAGCCUGAGGUCAUUGAGUCCACAGCCAUGAGUGAACCACAGUGCUACUACAAUGAAACCAUUGCCUUCUUUUAUAAUCGAAGUGGAAAAUAUCUAGCCACUGAAUGGAAUACUGUCAGCAAGCUUGUAAUGGGACUGGGGAUUACAGUCUGCAUCUUCAUAAUGCUAGCCAACCUCUUGGUUAUGGUGGCUAUUUAUGUCAACCGCCGAUUCCACUUCCCUAUUUAUUACUUAAUGGCCAACUUAGCCGCCGCGGACUUUUUUGCAGGACUGGCCUACUUUUACUUAAUGUUCAACACAGGACCCAACACUAGAAGACUGACUGUAAGCACCUGGCUUCUCCGUCAGGGUCUCAUUGACACUAGCUUGACAGCCUCUGUAGCCAAUUUGUUGGCCAUUGCUAUUGAGCGGCACAUUACAGUUUUCCGAAUGCAGCUACAUACUCGGAUGAGCAACCGGCGAGUGGUGGUCGUAAUUGUUGUUAUCUGGACAAUGGCCAUUGUCAUGGGCGCCAUACCAAGUGUUGGAUGGAACUGUAUUUGUGAUAUCACUCACUGCUCCAACAUGGCACCGCUCUACAGUGACUCCUACCUGGUCUUCUGGGCUAUUUUCAACCUGGUCACCUUUGUGGUCAUGGUGGUCCUAUAUGCUCAUAUCUUUGGGUACGUCCGCCAAAGGACUAUGAGAAUGUCCAGACACAGUUCUGGACCCCGCAGGAAUAGGGACACCAUGAUGAGCCUCCUGAAGACUGUCGUCAUUGUGCUUGGUGCUUUCAUUAUCUGCUGGACCCCAGGAUUAGUCUUGCUGCUCCUUGAUGUUUGCUGUCCCCAGUGUAACGUCCUGGCAUAUGAAAAAUUCUUCCUGCUCCUGGCAGAGUUCAACUCCGCCAUGAACCCCAUCAUCUACUCCUACCGGGACAAGGAGAUGAGCGCAACCUUCAAGCAGAUCCUCUGCUGCCAACGCAGUGAGAAUGCCAAUGGUCCCACUGAAGGCUCAGACCGCUCAGCGUCCUCACUCAACCACACCAUCUUGGCGGGCGUCCACAGCAACGACCACUCAGUGGUGUAAAACCACAGCCAGCCACAUGGCCGAUGAAGAGCAGCGGGGGAUGAUGUGGAGCGGGAUGGAUGCACAGCCUGGGACAAGGUAACCCACUCACAAGGUUUUCUCAGACACUAAUGGACUACAAGUACUUCUCUUCCUGGAAGCUCCACACACCGGCACAGCCUGUCCUGUCUGCAGGACUGUCCAUGCUGCAAGGCUUUUGGUUUCCACUUUCAAAAAAGCAGAAGGCAGAUGCCUUGUGGCAGAGGUCAUCAAUAGCCCAUGGAGAGCCUCGCUGAGACUUUGUCGGACUUUGCUGCAUCUUGGUGCCAGUCUGAAUCAACCCUGAUUAAUUAAGCUUAUACCUGCUUCACUGCAUUUACAUGUAGCCACUUAGUCUUUUAUAAAGGGAGUAAAGGGGAUUAAAGUAUGCCUAUCAUUUAAUAGACAUGUAAUAUUUAUCACCAUCAGCAUGCUUGUGAUGAAAAUUUUCUGUGCAGGGAUUAAAACUGUGCUCUAGUCUUUGCAUCAUUAGCCACACUGCCAUAACUACAGUGAAGACAGAAGUAAUUUUUCUAGUACAGGCAACAGGAAGAUGAUGAAAACUGACUCUUCUUACCUUCAUUACUGAUGUUAGAAAGCAUGCAUGUUCUGUGUGUAUGCAGAUUGUUUUAAUUAAAAAAAUCGUUGUAAAAUCUGCAAGUAGAAAAGUAUAGACUGUAUUGCAGUGUUUGUUUAGAUUAUGAAAUAAACAGUACGCUAGUCACAA